AUGGGUCGACUUCUUCCUGGUAUCACUGCCUAUAACUGGGCCCUUGUGAUGCUCCUUGCCACUGGCCCUAUGGCAUGUGGUUAUGCAAUGUCAUGUCUCAGUGGCGCGAUCGGGCAGCAUGGCUUCUAUGUGUCCAUGGGCUACACAGACGACCCUAGCGACUCUGGUUAUCAGCGCACGUCAGAUUUCCUCAGCGCAGCCUCAGGUACCUUUAUCGGAGGAGCCUCGGUCGGGGCUGUUAUAGCUGCUUGGGCUGCAGAUGCGUUGGGCCGUAAGCUCAGUCUGCAACUGACUACACUGGUCUAUAUGCUCGGAGGAUCCCUUCAAAGUGGUGCUGUCAACCCGGCCAUGUUCCUUGCGGCACGAGUCUUGUCCGGCAUUGGCAUGGGCUCCCUGCUGGCCGUGGCGCCCAUGUAUCAGGCUGAACUCUCACCCCCAGAAUCUCGCGGGUUCCUGGUGGCAAUGACUGGCUUUAUGUUUGCGAUUGGCAACUCACUUUCCUGCUGGAUCAAUGUCGGCACCUAUUUCAAAGGUGUCCAUGAUCCUGAAUCCGGAUUCGCUUGGCGGUUUCCCUUGGCCGUUCAACUAUUGCCUACCUUGAUCUUACUGCUUGGAUCUCCCAUUCUUCCGGCAUCUCCCCGCUGGCUCAUUAUGAAGGAGCACCAUGAAGAAGCAGAAGCUGUCAUCCGCCGGCUCCAUGGACAUUUAGGAGAUCAAGCAGGGGAAUACGCCAAGCGCGAAUUCAACCAAAUGUCCAAGCAGAUCGCGUUCGAUUCGAGCGUUUCGAAACAGAUUGGUCCAUUUCCCAUUAUACGGACAGCUUCCAAUCGAAAACGGGUCUUCCUGGCUUUCAAUCUGCUUUGGGGCACUCAAUUCCUAGGCCUGACAACAGUUGGCAUCUAUGGAGUUUUAGUAUACCAACAGCUAGGCAUGACAGGCCCAAUGCCACUGAUUCUACAGGCAAUCUGGGUCAGCAUUACGAUGCCAGGUAACUUCAUCAACGCAGCCCUUGUCGACCGAGUCGGCCGUCGUCCUUUGCUCCUGAUCGGCAUAUGCGGCAUCCUCACGUGUGUGAUACUGAACUGCACUCUUCAAGGCCUAUAUCUAGAGCCAAACUUUAGACCGGGGCUGAAGGCAUCCAUUUUCCUGACGUUCUUGAUGAUCUGCUUCUGGUCCACAUGCAUCGAUGCCACUCAGUUUGUCUAUAUCUCCGAAAUCUUCCCGAGCUAUAUCCGCGCACAGGGGCAGGCGGUCGGCACCUUAGGAUUGACACUGUCAAACGUUAUACUUCUGGUCGCCGCUCCGAUCGCCUUGGAUGCCAUUCAUUGGAAGUUUUACCUCGUCAACAUAUCCUGGACCAUCUUGUUUAUACUAACAAUUUUCUUCCUCUACCCCGAGACCAGUGGGAAGUCGAUCGAGGACCUCAGCGCCAUCUUCGGAGACGUCGUAGUCGUCAGUUUUGAAGAUGCAUUUUUGGAAGAUAAAGAGGAUAUCCAAGGUGAUCGCAAGGCAUCCGUGCUCGACACAUACCAGGAAAUUGAGAUUUUCAAAUGA